UUGAAGACUGAAUAUCUGAACGAAUGCACCAGUGCGAUCGCAUCGCCCGACACGUUCUGCAUGCAGCAGUUAUCAGAGCAUUUAUCGUUACUAUCUGAUCAGUCAGAGUCACAAUUAACAAUUAACAAUAAAUCCGAAUCGCUCUCAACUCACCACGAUCCGUUACUAUUAUUAUCAAAUAAUCAAACUGAGGUUUUAUCAUCAGAAUGGGUGAAUCAGUACGUGAUUGGUGAUAAUGGUACGGAGCAAUCGUUGAUGAACACAUCAUCUAAUAAAUCCUCUCAACAGCUCAAAUCGUUACCGUUACCCUCAACAUCCUCUCUUUCGUCAAAUAAAAUGAUCAAUCGACAAUUGGUCAACAAUAAUACGAAAUAUGGGGUGGUGCAAAGUUCGGAAAUUUUGUCAUCAGAUUAUUUAGCGAAUAUUGAUCAACAGUUCAGUGAGACAACUAACGACAUUCAGGACGAACCGAUUGAUCUUACACAAGAUUUGUUGAAUUAUAUGGAAAGUGAAUGGGACAAUUUGGAAGGUGAUCAAACGCCAUCUUUACUGACAAAAACGCUUGGAUUGGAAGGUGAAAAUGAGUAUAAAAUGAUCGAGAAUAAUCCGUAUUUGAAUGAAGUAAAUCAGUUCGAAAGUGGUUUUGAAUCGUACGAGAAUGGUGAUCUUCUUAAUGCGAUUCUUCAUUUCGAAUCGGUCAUCCAUGAAAAUCCAUCGAAUUCGCAGGCGUGGUAUAUGCUAGGUCUAUGUCAAGCUGAAAAUGAACUAGAUCUACAAGCAAUUGCAGCAUUCAAAAAAUCGAUCCAGAUCGAUCCCAAAAACGCAGAGGCGAUACUAGCACUGUCAGUGUCCUAUGCAAAUGAGUCAAUGCCAAACGAAUCGUUGAGACUGCUAGAUGAAUGGUUAUCAGUACAUCCAAUAUAUGGACAUGAUAAUGCAGAUCGCAUCUCUAUCAGCAACACCAAAUCGUAUUCACUGGAUGAAAACCACUUUAAAAAGGUAGAAGAGCGAUUCAUGAAAGCAGUGCAGAAACAGUCAGAAUCAGUUGAUGUUCAACUGCAGAAUGCGUUAUCGAUUUUGUACAAUCUGAAUGAAAAUUAUCAACGUGCCAUUGAUUCAUUGAAUAUUGCUCUAUCUAUUGAACCUGAU